UCGAUUAAGACUUCCUGUGUUGUAAAGUGGGGACCUCGACAGCGCACUGCACGCAGUCAGCUUUGCGCGUAAUUAUUACAGUGGUAUUUUAGCCAGCUACAGAGACUGGUGUAGGAGAAACGAGAGCUGCGAGUAACCAAGAGAUUGCGCCAGGAAGGGAGAGGAGAGGGGAGAGAGAAGGGAUCAAGAGAUAGUGAACGUGUUAGAGGGGGGCGAGUGUACAGAGCAAGAGUGAGCAAAAGAGUGUGUAGGUGAAUAAGCGAGAGAGAGAGAGAGAGAGAGAGGGGAGGAAGGAAAGGCCACGGAUAAGUCGCUAGCUAGCGAUUUUGCCGUCUACAACAACUGAGAGGAAAAGUGUCUCCAACUACCGGAUUAAACAUUGGAAAUAUAUCCGUUCAGAAUGGCCACGGAGGAGCUCUACGAGGUCGAGAAAAUUGUGGACAAGAGGAAAAACAAGAAGGGGAAGACGGAAUACCUGGUGCGCUGGCGGGGCUACGGGUACGAGGAUGACACCUGGGAGCCGGAGACGCACCUGGCCAACUGCGUGGAAUACAUCCACGAGUUCAACAGGCUGAACAGCGAGCGGCAGCGGGACGGCACCCUCCUACGCUCCACGCGCAGCUCCCCCAGCUACGGCCAUGGCGCCGCCAGCAACGCCCGUAAGCAGAUCUGCAGGCCCUCGCAGCACAGUGGCGGCCACGCCCUGCCAAAGGCCGUCAAUCCCACCGCUGCCACCACGAGCGCAUCCGCUAUCACAAAACGGCAGCAGCAGCAGCAGCCGUUGCUCAGUGACAGUGACGCCAGAGCAGACCCUCAGCUGCUCCUCUCCAGCCAAAAGUUCCGGCGCGUUAACAGCGCCGCCGGCGUGGUGGCCGCCCACGCCAUCGGCAGCGGCAGGCGGAGCAUGGAUCUGGCCAAGUCUGGAAUUAAAAUCCUGGUGCCCAAGAGCCCCAUGAAGAGCCGGACGGAGGUGGAGGAGUCCCCCAGCGAGGCGGCUCACAGCCUGGAGCCGGCUGAGCAGGGGCUGGACUCGGUUCCGCCGGAGGUGGCCCUGCUGGAGAAGCCUCCGGGGAGCCUGCUGGGGCCGGGGGAUGAGAGGGCACGCAUGGGAACCCGCCCACGGACUCAGACCAUCCUGCCCCCUCCCCAGGUCCCCAUCACGCCAGCCUCUGUGCUCACACUCAAUGGGAAAGGUUCGGCGGCGUUCAUGGAGGCGCUGGCGGCCAACGGCACGGCCGGCCCGCAGAGCUCGGCCACCGGCGCGCCCAGCGCGGCGGGGAAGCGGCGUUUCGAGGAGCGCUCGGCCUUCGACAAGCGGCUGCGCUUCAGCGUGCGGCAGACGGAGAGCGCCUACCGCUACCGCGACAUCGUGGUGAAGAAGCAGGACGGAUUCACGCACAUCCUGCUCUCGACCAAGUCCUCCGAGAACAACUCCCUCAACCCCGACGUGAUGAAGGAGGUGCAGAGCGCGCUGGCAGCAGCGGCGUCGGACGACAGUAAGCUGGUCCUGCUGAGCGCGGUGGGCAGCGUCUUCUGCUUCGGCCUGGACUUCGUCUACUUCAUCCGCCGGCUCACUGAUGACAGGAAGAAGGAGAGCAUCAAGAUGGCCGACUCCAUUAGGACGUUCGUGAACACCUUCAUCCAGUUCAAGAAGCCCAUUAUUGUGGCGGUCAACGGGCCUGCGGUGGGACUGGGGGCCUCCAUCUUGCCGCUGUGCGAUGUGGUCUGGGCUAACGAGAAGGCCUGGUUCCAGACGCCUUACACCACCUUCGGCCAGACGCCAGACGCCUGCUCCUCCCUCACCUUCCCGCGCAUCAUGGGGGUGGCCUCCGCCAACGAGAUGCUGCUAAGCGGCCGUAAGCUAACAGCCCAGGAGGCCUGCGCCAAGGGCCUGGUGUCCCAGGUGUUCUGGCCCGGGACCUUCACUCAGGAGGUGAUGGUGCGCAUUAGGGAGCUAGUCUCUUGUAAUUCAGUUGUGCUGCGGGAAUCUAAAGCCUUGGUGUGCAGCGGCAGCAAGGUGGCGCUAGAGCAGGCCAACGAGCGGGAGUGCGAGGUCCUAAAGAGGGUGUGGGGGUCGCCCCAGGGCAUGGACUCCAUCCUCAAGUACCUGCAGAAGAAGAUCGACGAGUUCUAAUCUCUGCAAGCUCUGUCCUCUGGGCUAGCCAGCACAGUAACAUAUAUACACACACACACACACACACACCGAGCUCAGAGGAUGUUCCCUUUCCCAGGGACAUUGAACCUCAUGCAGGUGUAUGCACAGCUGUAUGAAUAUAUAU